AUGAGGUUCCGCAUUCUCUUGCUCCUGUGUGUGGUGGGUCUCAGUCAGGCUGACAGGGAGAAGAUCUACGGUGGCACUGAGUGUGUGAAGAACUCACAGCCUUGGCAGGUGGGGCUGUUCCACGGCAAAUACCUGCGCUGUGGCGGCGUUCUUGUGGACCGCAAGUGGGUCCUUACGGCUGCUCACUGCAGUGGCAAGUACAUUGUGCGUCUCGGGGAACACAGCCUCACCAAGUUGGACCGGACGGAACAGUUGAGAUUCACGACGUUCUCCAUCACACAUCCCAGCUAUCAGGGGGCCUAUCAGAACCAUGAGCAUGAUCUUCGACUCCUGCGGCUGGACAGACCCAUCCGCCUGACCCACGCUGUCCGGCCGGUGGCCCUGGCCAGUUCCUGUGCACCUACGGGGGCCAAGUGUCGUGUCUCAGGCUGGGGCACUACAAACAAGCCAUGGGACCCUUUCCCAGACCGGCUCCAGUGCCUCAACCUCUCCACUGUCUCCAGUGAGACGUGCCGCGCCGUGUUUCCUGGAAGAGUAACAGAGAAUAUGCUGUGUGCAGGUGGAGAAGCCGGGAAGGAUGCCUGUCAGGGUGACUCUGGAGGCCCCCUGGUGUGUGGAGGGGUUCUUCAAGGUCUGGUUUCCUGGGGAUCUGUUGGGCCUUGUGGUCAAAAAGGAAUUCCAGGGGUCUACACCAAGGUCUGCAGAUACACGGACUGGAUCAGAAAAGUCAUCCAGAACAACUAA